AUGGGUGCUCUUAUUGGCUCCACAGUGACGUUGGAUUACGGGAAAUUCAAGGGAAAGCAGAAUACUACGAAUGGGAUAAUUUCAUUCCGAGGUGUCAAGUUUGCAGACGCUCCGACGAAAAAUCUACGAUGGGCAGCCCCUAUUUCUCCUCCUUCCAAGAAUUUGGGUACUGUGGAUGCGAGUAAGUUUGGCGCCGAAUGCAUUCGGACGACUCAAACUACUGUGGCGACUAAAACAUCUGAGGAUUGCCUUUUCGGCAAUAUCUUUGUGCCUAACAAUACACAUGUGGGCGACAAUCUUCCAGUACUAGUAUGGUUCCAUGGUGGGGGAUUCCAAUCUGGCAGCACGCAUAGCUUUCUUCCCGAUUUACUUAUGGCAUCAAGUUCUCAACCAUUCGUAUUUGCUUCUUUUGAAUACCGUCUCGGCCAAUUUGGAUUCUUGGGAGGAUCAGAAAUUGCUAGCAACGGGUCAAUAAACGCUGGGCUCUUGGAUCAGAGGGCUGCUCUGAAAUGGGUCCAAAGAUACAUCGGUCAAUUUGGAGGGGACAGCGGCCACGUCACAGUGUGGGGUCAGUCUGCAGGAGCAGGAUCCAUAAUGUACCAUCUCAUGGCAAACGGUGGAGAUACUGAAGGCCUCUUUCAUGCGGCAAUAAUGGACAGUCCACCUCUUGUCUACACGCCUGCAUUCAAUGAUGCCUACGAUGAAGAUAUCUUUCAGCAAUUCGCACAGCUUGCAGGAUGCGGAAGCGGAACGAGCGCCGCCAAAAAAGGACAACUAAGCUGCCUUCGCGGACUCACCAGCACUGCGGUGGCAAAAGCCGGAAGCAAACUACUCGAUGCCCGGCCGGAUACUUUAUUUCUUUUUGCUCCAGUUGUCGAUAAUGCCCUGAUUCAGGAAAGGCCAGUCGAAGCCUACCAAGCUGGUCGGUUCGCCCAUAUUCCCGUCAUUUCAGGCUCGAAUACAAAUGAAGGUGCUCAUUGGGCUUCCACCAUCCCGGAUCCUGCGGCCAAUACAUCUUUGGCAAACGCAACAGAAACCACUGUCUUUAAUUUCCUUAUUGGACAGUAUCCUAAUCUGACUAGUGAAAGUAUCAUCAACACCGGAUUCUCUUUGUAUCCGUUGAACGACUUCGGUGGUAAUGUUAGCCUGCAAGGUCAGCAAAUGUAUGGUGAGGCUAGAUAUAUUUGCAGUGCUUUAAUGGCAACUCCUGCCGUUCCGGCUUUCGGGGAUUCUGCAUACCAAUACCAUUACGAUAAUCCUCACCUGGGUUCCAACCAUGAGGACGAGCUGCAGGCGUUCUUUAACCCCCCUACAGAUGCAGACCAUAAUGAUCUAGCACUCUUUGAAAUCAUGCGAGAGUAUUUGACAUCAUUCGUAACUACGGGCAAGCCUGUUUCCAAAUCUGGCCCAGAGUGGCAGCCCGUCAACAGUGAUUCUAGCUUUUCACGCAUCCUCUUUAAUCCACAAAAUUCUGUGAUGGAACGAGUUGACGACGCACUGGUUUCUCGCUGUAAUUUCUGGCAUGGCAUAACGAAUGAAAAUUUGACUUGA